UCGUCCAGGGAGGUCACAUGGCUUCUCUCCGGCAGGUGAGGGAGAUGCGGGCUCAAACACCUGCUGGACUCCACGCAGCACUUUCCAUGUAAAUGACCCGUCCCAGCUUUUCCCUCCCCACUCCCACACCUGCUCCCGGCAGACUCACUUGGGACUCGGGGACACGGCCGCCCACGGACACCUCCACUGGGGCUCCUGAGUGGUUCUGGCACCGGUCAUGGUCUGGAGGAGGGUCGUGGUGCUCGGCGGUUUACUGCUGCUUCAAUGCGGGGACGGACGCAGGAUGCCGCCGCCGCCGUCGACGCCUCAUGGCGGGGCUCGGUUGGACGCGGCGCGGAGUCACGUCCGGAGGGACGCCGGCACUUCCAGGGCUCCCAGCGGGGCUUCCUUCGACUCUUGCCGGGUCAACCUGACGCCUGCGGAGCAUGAAGUUCUGGAUGACAACACACAUGAGACUGGUUUUAAUGGUGACGAUGGCUCUUACGUCAUCCUCACAUGGGUGGGCGAUGGCACAGGGGUCAUCCUGGUGUUGUCCACCAUCAACACCCCCUUAGACACGUUCCUGGAAGGCGGUUCGUCUCGACUGUACAGAAGUACGGAUUACGGAAAGUCCUUCCACGACAUCUCUCAAAGCAUCAACCACACCUUCAUCAAAGAGGAGUUUGGCGUCAGCGUGGGGCCGGGAAGUUCUGUGAUACUGACAGCAGACACCCCAGUGGUGGACCACCCAGGAGGCAUCAUCUUCACCUCCAAUGACGCUGGCGCCACCUUCCGCUUCACCCAGCUUCCCUUCCACCUGGCACAGCCCAUCACCUACCACUUCCUCAACCCGGACUACCUGGUGGCGCUCAGCAUCGACGGCGGUCUGUGGCUCUCUGUGGACUUUGGCGCCAAGUGGACCAAAGUGCAUGAUGGAGUGCAUUCUUUCUCAUGGGGUGCUGGCAUCAAUUUGUUCUUCAGCUGCAGUAAAGCAGACACAAUGGAUGCAGAGGAGCGAGGAGACUUACAGCUAAAGAGGACAAAGGACCUGGGGAAGACCUUCACCAUCAUCCACGAGGACGUCUUCAGUUUUGGAUACAUCGGAGCCUUUCUUUUCUUCUCGGUCAUGGAAGACACGCGAUCGCCCAGAGUCAUGUACUUUUCUUCCGACCAAGGAGACACUUUUAGUCAAGCGCUACUGCCUUCCGCCUCCACUGAGCAGUUUUACUCCAUCUUGGACGGCGAUGAGGACAUGCUGUUCAUGCAUGUGGACAAUCCAGGAGACACCUACUUUGGAACCAUGUACACGUCGGACGACCGCGGCAUCCUGUUCUCCAAAUCCCUGGAGCGCCACCUGUUUGAUGGGCAGAGGAAGAGCGAUUUCCGGAACGUCACGUCGCUGCGAGGAGUCUACCUCACCAACAGACUGGACAAAGACGGACGAAUACGAUCGGUCAUCUCCUUCAAUCGCGGCGGAACAUGGCAGCAGCUUUCCAAACCUCAGAAUGUCGAAUGUGGGCAAGAAGUCAAGAAUUGCAAGCUGCAUAUUCACGGAGAACACAGUCGCAUCAAUCACAUCGUUCCCAUGCUCCUCAUGUCGGAGCCCACCGCCAUCGGUCUGGUCAUCGCCCACGGUACCGUGGGGGAUUGCCUGUCGUCCUCGCAGCACCCGGAUGUGUUUGUGUCGUCAGACGGGGGCUAUAGCUGGCGGGGGACUUUAAGGGGUCCUCAUCACUACAGCAUUCUGGACUCAGGCGGUCUGGUGGUGGCUGUGGAGGCUCGGCGUGAAGGACAAGUGAAGACCAUCAAGUUCUCCACAGACGAGGGUCAGUGCUGGAAGUCGUACAAUUUCACCGAGCAGCCCUUCUUCUUCGCGGGCCUGUCGUCCGAGCCGGGCACCAAGGCCCUGAGCGUCAGCGUGUGGGGCUUCCGUCCCGAAGACGACGGCCAGCCCAUGUGGGUUGCCGUAACCAUCGACUUCCAGAGCCUCGUCACGAGAGAGUGCGAUGAGCGGGAUUAUGAAGACUGGUUGGCUCAUGCGACACAGGGAGGAGCUUCAAGGAGCGACGGCUGCGUCCUGGGCAUCAAGGAGACGUACAAGAGGCGGAAGAAAGAAUCGGUUUGCAGGAAUGGUCGCGCUUUUGUCUUAAGGAAGAAGGAAAGUCCCUGUUUGUGCACCAGGGACGAUUUCUUGUGCGACUACGGCUAUUAUCGCCAUGACAACACUUCUGAGUGUGUGCGACAGCCCGACGCUCACAACAAAACCUUGGAGACCUGCCUGGACGGACAGGAGGACGAGCUCUUCACGGCGGGGUAUCGGAAAGUCCCAAGCGACAGAUGCGAAGGAGGGUUUUCGCCUCAACUGGCAGUCCAGACCGUCAUAAGACCCUGCGGCAUCAAGCCCACCCCUAAUUCACCACCUGCGAGCUCCCCCUUGCCAGUUACCCAUUUUGACACACCUCGAGAGAGGAUGGUACUGAUACUGGUGUGCAGCGGCGCAGGCGUCAUCGUGUUGGCAGCAGUCGUCUUCGCGUUCGUAGCCGUCAAGAGAGGAGUCUACAGGAACAGGGCACCAGAGUAUCGCUUCUCCAAUCUCCAGGGGCAAGAGGAUCGUAACGGUGUCACAGGGGACCUUGAAAGCGCCACAAGCAGCAAUGGAACGCCCUGUCCACCGGACUUGGACAAUCAGAAUCUUCUGCAGUGAAGCACACCUUUUGGGCUGUUACCAGUGCUGUGCUCAAUGGAGGGAUCUGUGAAUCUGGAAGUAGGGCUGCACAAUUGAUGGAAUUUAAUCACAAUUUUGGCUGCCAUGAUUAAAGGAGGGUGAUCUUCUGCAAUAUUAACAUUUAAAAAGCAGGCUUCCCCCUGCAUAUCAAAUCAAGCACUUUCACAGCCCGCAGAGGCAGGAAAGCAACAGCGGCUCGUCUUGAGGACCCAUGAAAAUGGCUCCGCCCACGCCAGAGGCCAUUGCGGAUGCACACUUAGCUCUUUGACGACGCCAGCAAGAAUUAACCAACCUUCACUUUUCACGUUUCAAUUCCGUGGAGUCUAACGUGGCGUGCGUUAGAGACCGCUUCGGUCUUAAUAGAUGGCGACAGGUAUGGACGCCUGCACAACACGCUGCUCUACUUGUCUGCCUGAGUUGCACUUGCAGGACUAACAGCGAGCCCCCAUCGGCAUCUGCACAUGUGUUUGAAUGCGGAAACGUAAUUGCACAUUGAGGGACUACUCAUUCACGUGAGUACAGCUGAUACGUUAAAGGCUGUAUUAUUGUAUUUUGUCAUUUAACAUACAAGUUUCUCACUACAAACAAUGUUAUGUUUAGGUAAAGCGGGAAUGUCCAAAUGAUGACGCAUGGGCCAACCAUGGAUCAUAGCUGAGUUUUUUUUUAAUUGCCCCGUACAUUAAAAAGAUACAUUUGAUCAUGAGAAAAGAGGAUGUAUUCCAUCCAUCCAUUUUCUAACGCUUGUCCCUUUCGGGGUCGCUGGAGCCUAAGCUGCAUAAUAAUACAAAUUAUGAACAAAAAAUACAAAUGUGUCUUUAAAUAUUCGGGAUCUGGUUUUUUUAGCCUUUUUAUUGGACUAUUAAAUCUACUGACUUUAUUAAAUCCUCCCGGGCCCCUCGCAACACUGUGCUUUACCUAACAUAAUGAAUUAUCAUGAUUAAUAUACCUGAUUUCAAUGUUGAUUAAAAACAUAAUCAUGAUUAUUAAUUUGGCCAUAAUCGUGCAGCCCUAUCUGAAAGACAGCCAUGGGAAAAAUACAAUAUCUUUAUUUAUUGAGAUACUUUCAAUUUUUUGCUUUAUUGGCUUUGAAAACCCCUUGAUUUGUACAAUAUUUGUAUUUUAAUAUUAAAAAGAAGUGAUGCUA